AAUUGAAGUAAUCAAUCAUAUUUUAAACAUAAGAGAAAUUGAAAACAUACUUUUCUAGCCUCCAAGAUCCAAAUAUGUUUCAUUUUAGUGAAAAGCUUCAUACCAUAAAGCUCAAAUUUUGAACAUAAUAAAUUGAUUUAGGAAUUAAGAUUUACAAACAGGAAUUUUCCGUUGGAUUUCUUUACAAAACACAGCGUCGGAAAGUGAAGAACAGUCAUCGCCGGCGAUGAUACGAGCGGUGAUAAUAAUGAACGACGAAGGCAAGCCUCGCCUCGUCAAAUUCUACGACCAUCAGCCUAUGGAGAAACAACAAGAAAUCAUUCGUAGCAUCUAUGGAGUUCUAUGCAGUAGAGCAGAGAAUGUGAGCAAUUUUGUUCAAGCAGAUUCUACUUUUGGAAAGGAUACGCGACUUGUAUACAAGACUUUUGCUACGUUGUAUUUCAUUGUCAUAUUUGAUGAUUCUGAAAAUGAGCUUGCAAUUCUUGAUCUUAUGCAAGUAUUUGUGGAGACAUUAGACAAAUGUUUCAGUAAUGUUUGUGAACUCGAUAUAGUCUUCAAUUUCAACAAGGUACAUACUAUUCUUGAUGAAAUUAUUUUGGGAGGUCAAGUUGUUGAAAUGAACUCUUCUGAAAUUGUCAAAGCAGUCAAUGACAUAUCUGGAUUGGAGAAGAGCCAGAAUUCAAUCCUUCGAGUUUCAAAGUCGAUAUCUGGUUGGCAAGGGCGAUAAUGGAAAGAUUUGUGUUUUUUUAUUUAUGUAUGGAAAGUAAUAAAUUUGUUGUGUUUCUCUUCUGUAAGCUUAUAGGAGACUAGUUCAAUGUUAAAGAUGAAAAAUGGUAUUUAUGUCUUUAGCACACAAAUCAAGAACGAGAUCCCAAAUCCCAUCUCAAAAUUCAAUUUUUUGCUAUUUAAAAUCAGUUUCAGUCCGAUGCAUGUCUAAAACCUGUUAUGUCAUGUACUAGUCUCAAUCCCAUGCAUGUCAUGUUAUGUGUCAAACUUCGAUGCAUAUCAGAUACACAGUAAAACCUAUUAUGUCAUGUAUCAGUCUCAUUUCGAUGCAUAUUAGAUACAAAUACAACUAGUCAUGUCAUAUAUAUGACAUAUAUCAGUCUCAGUUCGAUGCAUGUCACAUGUUAUGUCAUAUACUAGUCUCAAUUCCGUGCAUAUCAAAUAUAGGUAUAAUACAAUCUGUAUAUCAGUCUCAGUUGGAUGCAUGUCAUUAAAUACCUGCUAUGUCAUGAAAUAUGUAGCAAACAAGGAAGAAAGAAAAGAAAAACCGGUAAUUAUGUCAAUUUGUUUCUCACCAAAAAAUGGCUCAAAACAAAAUCCAUUACAAUUUACAAUUCCACAAGAUCCCAACCAAAACCACCAAUUACAAACAAAAAUCGCUUGCUUCCUUCCACCCAUAAACAACAAAACAAGCCCCCCUUGACCCUUCAACAACAAACAAAACCAAAAAAAAAAAAAAAAAACCAAAAACAAA